AUGCACAAAAGACUCCAUGCAAAUGAGGAAAAGAUUACAAAGAGACUCAAGCUCAAUCCACAACGACAAGCAAUCCUUCAUAAAAUUGAAAAAAAACUGUGCCAAGUAGAACAGGUACAGCCUAGUCCAAUUGGUGAUAUAGUGACCAUCAACGAGAACGAAGGAAUAGGAAAGCUCUUGUUCGAGAGUGAUAUUCUCUUGACUGAACGGCAAAUGGAAGAGAUUUCAAACGAGAAUGGACAUGGUCGAAAGAAACGCCAAGCAUUUAAAGAUAAGGAUUAUCCCCAGAACCUCUGGCCUGAUGGCAUAGUACAUUUUUCCUUCCAUAAUAACACAACUAACAAACUACGCGACCUCUUCAGACACGGCGCUUUGAAAUGGCAGAGGGAGACUUGCCUUAGCUUCUAUGAGUAUAUCCACGCACCAGAACGCAUCGAGCUGAAGAAUGACUCCGGCUGCUGGUCAUACGUGGGAAACGCACACAAAAUACAAACGCUAUCUUUGGGAGAGGGAUGUGAAACGAUUGGUACCGCUGCACACGAAAUAGGUCACGCGCUCGGCUUUUUCCACUCCCAUGGAAGACAUGAUCGUGAUGAGCACAUACAAAUCGAUGAAACCAAAGUCAAGGAGUUUUCUUCCAGUUUCUCGGCGGACAAGACCCGCCUCGACACAAUGAUACCUCUCGACAGAAAAUACAUUGACACUAUUGGCUCACAUUUCAUCUCGUUUUACGACAAGCUCAUGAUGAAUACUCACUACAAAUGUCUGGACAAAUGCAAGUCAAAUAAAUCGGCUGCAAAAUGCGCAAUGGGAGGAUUUCCAAAUCCUAAAGAUUGCUCAAAAUGCGUUUGUCCUGGAGGCUAUGGAGGCACGUUAUGCAACGAAAGGCCAACAGGUUGCGGAGAAAUCUUGCAAGCCACUACAGAUUACACAAAGUUCGAAGACGUUAUUGGUUACCCAGGAAUCAAAGGACUCAACGAUAAUGACUUUUUCCUCAAAUGCAACUACUGGAUUGAGGUCCCACUAGGACGAUACGUUGAAAUAAGGUUUGAUAACUUCACGGAUCUUGACGCUGUGGGUAAGUCCUAUGUUGGUGGAUGCUAUUUUGCUGGAUUUGAAAUUAAAGCACAGAAGGAUCAACGUACCACCGGCUAUAGAUUUUGCUCUCGUACCUAUGCGGGUGAAGUGUUCAAAUCAGCAAAGAACAUUGUACCUAUCAUCACCUACAGCAGAGUCUGGCCAGUGAAGACAGAACUACGGUACCGAAUGGUUUGA